UGCCCUUGAGCAGCCGCCGCCACCGGCAGCGAUGUCAAGCGAGGAGAGCUACCUGGCCAUCCUGCGCUACCUGACGAACGAGCGCGAGCCGUACGCCCCAGGCACCGAGGGCAAUGUCAAGCGCAAAAUCCGCAAGGCGGCCGCCUGCUACGUGGUGCGCGGCGGGACCCUGUACUACCAGCGGCGGCAGCGGCACCGCAAGACCUUCGCGGAGCUGGAGGUGGUGCUGCAGCCGGAGCGGCGCCGGGACCUGAUCGAGGCGGCGCACCUGGGCCCGGGCGGCACUCACCACACGCGCCACCAGACCUGGCACUACCUGUCCAAGGGGUCAGGGCAAAGGAUUAAAUUUGACUUAAUUUUUAUUUUUAUUGUAGGGAUAUUAAAGCAAGUCAAAGAUUACAUUAAACAGUGUAGCAAAUGUCAGGAAAAACUAGAUCGAUCCCGUCCAAUAUCAGAUGUUUCUGAAAUGUUGGAAGAGUUGGGAUUAGACCUUGAAUCUGGAGAAGAGAGUAAUGAAUCAGAAGAUGACCUGAGCAACUUUACUUCAUCUUCAACUACAUCCUCCAAGCCUGCAAAAAAGAAACCAGUAUCCAAACAUGAACUUGUAUUUGUUGACACCAAAGGAGUGGUAAAACGUUCUUCUCCAAAACAUUGUCAGGCUGUCUUAAAACAACUAAAUGAACAGAGACUUUCCAAUCAGUUCUGUGAUGUUACUUUGUUAAUUGAAGGAGAAGAGUACAAAGCUCAUAAAUCUGUUUUGUCAGCUAAUAGUGAAUAUUUUCGAGAUCUUUUUAUUGAGAAAGGAGCUGUUUCCAGUCAUGAAGCUGUGGUAGAUCUUUCUGGUUUUUGCAAGGCAAGCUUCCUUCCUUUACUGGAAUUUGCCUAUACUUCUGUGUUAAGCUUUGACUUCUGCAGUAUGGCUGAUGUAGCCAUCUUAGCUCGUCAUCUUUUCAUGUCAGAAGUCUUAGAGAUUUGUGAAAAUGUACAUAAGCUAAUGGAAGAGAAGCAGCUAACAGUAUACAAGAAGGGCGAAGUACAAACAGUCGCAUCUACCCAGGACUUACCAGUACAGAAUGGAGGUACAGCACCUCCUGUGGUUAGCAAUGAAGGAAGCACAGCAGCUUUGUCUUCUGAACUUGGGGAUUGUGAAAUUGUACUACUGGUAAAUGGAGAAAUGCCAGAAGCUGAGCAGAGUGGAGAGCUAGGACAACAGCCUGAGCCUCAGGUUUCUUCGGAGGCUGAAGCUGCGCUGUCUUCUGUGGGAUGUACAACUGAUUCCCAUCCUGAAAUGGAGCCUGUUGAAUUAAUAACCAAAAACAAUCAGACGGAGCUAGAAACUUCAGACAGCAGGGAAGAUAGCACAGUUUCUAGUAGUCCUCCUAAACUUGCAAAAGAGAAUGUCGUCAGUAGGUCUCCAGAAAAAAGUGUUGUGGGAAAUGAUACCCCAGCUGAGGAUAUCUGUGCCGAAGACAUUCUACAACAUAGGCAGGGCCUUAGCCAACCUUUAAAAGAUCAGGAAAAUGUAGACACACUGACAGCGAAGGCAGACUUUGGCCCCGAUGAUGACACUUACAGAAGUAGGCUUCGACAGCGUUCUGUUACUGAAGGAGGCUACAUCCGACUACACAAGGGAGUGGAGAAAAAGCUUCAGAAACGGAAAGCCAUUUCCAAGUCAGCAGUUCAACAGGUGGCCCAGAAGUUAGUUCAAAGAGGAAAAAAGAUGAAACAGCCAAAAAGGGAUGCUAAAGAGAACAUGGAAGAAGCAUCCCAUAAAUGUGGAGAAUGUGGAAUGGUUUUUCAGAGACGAUAUGCACUUAUAAUGCAUAAACUAAAACAUGAGAGAGCUAGAGAUUACAAAUGUCCAUUGUGUAAAAAACAAUUUCAGUACAGUGCCUCCUUGCGAGCACACCUUAUUCGUCAUACCAGAAAAGAUGCACCCACUUCAUCUUCGUCCAGUUCCACAUCUAAUGAGGCAUCAGGAUCGUCUGAGAAGGGCAGAACCAAACGGGAAUUUAUAUGUUCCAUUUGUGGAAGGACAUUACCUAAAUUGUAUUCUCUUCGAAUACAUAUGUUAAAGCACACAGGUGUAAAGCCGCAUGCAUGCCAGGUCUGUGGAAAGACUUUUAUCUAUAAGCAUGGUCUAAAAUUACACCAGAGUCUCCAUCAGUCACAAAAGCAGUUCCAGUGUGAACUAUGUGUUAAGUCAUUUGUUACCAAACGGAGUCUUCAGGAACAUAUGAGCAUUCACACAGGAGAGUCCAAGUACCUUUGUUCAGUUUGUGGAAAGUCUUUUCAUAGGGGAUCUGGACUCAGCAAGCACUUUAAGAAACACCAGCCAAAGCCUGAGGUUCGAGGCUAUCAUUGUACUCAAUGCGAAAAAAGUUUCUUUGAAGCUAGAGAUCUUCGCCAGCACAUGAACAAGCAUCUUGGUGUGAAGCCAUUCCAGUGCCAAUUUUGUGAUAAGUGCUAUAGUUGGAAAAAAGAUUGGUAUUCCCAUGUGAAGUCUCAUUCUGUCACUGAGCCUUAUAGGUGUAAUAUAUGUGGCAAAGAAUUUUAUGAAAAAGCUUUGUUCAGAAGGCAUGUAAAGAAAGCUACCCAUGGAAAAAAAGGAAGAGCAAAACAGAACCUGGAACGAGUAUGUGAAAAAUGUGGGAGAAAAUUCACUCAGCUAAGAGAGUACAGGAGACACAUGAACAACCACGAAGGAGUUAAACCAUUUGAGUGCUUAACAUGUGGAGUAGCUUGGGCUGAUGCCCGAUCUCUAAAACGCCACGUCAGAACACAUACUGGUGAACGGCCUUAUGUCUGUCCUGUAUGUAGCGAAGCCUACAUAGAUGCUCGAACACUCCGUAAGCAUAUGACUAAAUUCCACAGAGACUAUGUGCCUUGCAAAAUUAUGCUGGAAAAAGACACCCUUCAGUUCCAUAACCAAGGAACUCAAGUGGCACAUGCUGUUAGCAUCUUAACAGCAGACAUGCAGGAACAAGAAAGCAGUGGUCCUCAAGAACUUGAGACUGUGGUGGUAACAGGAGAAACUAUGGAAGCGCUUGAAGCUGUUGCAGCUACUGAAGAGUAUCCAUCGGUAUCUACGCUUUCUGACCAAAGUAUUAUGCAAGUGGUUAAUUAUGUAUUGGCACAACAGCAAGGACAGAAGCUAUCUGAAGUUGCAGAAGCCAUUCAGACUGUUAAAGUAGAGGUGGCACAUAUUUCAGAAACAGAGUGAACAUAGUAGUGAAGAUAAAAAGUGAAAUCUCGUGCACUGAACUCACAGAACAGUUGUUUACAAUACCACGUGACUGUCUGCUUAGAGUUUACAUGUCAAGGCUCUGGGCUGUUGGUGACGUUACAUUUCCAAACCUUUUGUCUGGCCAAUGAGUUCUGUAGAAAAGUCCAUUUAUUAUAAAGAAAUUGAAAACAAAUCUAUUUGAUGGCAUUGGUUUAUCAUGAUACCUUUUAUGAAUUAAUGUUUAUAAAUGACUGUACUAAAUUUCAAACUGUACAGUUUCAUUUGCAUUUUGACAUUAUUUUAUUAUAUGUUUUGAGUUUAAAAGGCUGCAUCAGUUGACUUUUCUUGUUUUAUUCUCAAAAUAUAGAGGUUCUGUGAUUUCAUUUGCCCUGUUUAAAAAGAAAACUAUAAUAUAAAGCAUUUUAAUAGGAUACAUAGGUAUAUUACAUUUUUUAAAUGCUUUAGAUCUAUGGUUCUUGACUUACUAUUUAUUUUAACUCCUUUUAAGUCAGGGAUUCUUUAUUUUAAAGCACUUAAUGAGUUACAUGUUAUCAAGUUUGCACAAUAUAUUUAUCUAUAGGGGGAACCCAUAAAUGAUAGCUAAUUUUUAAAAUGCAAUUAAAAUGCAUGAAAUGCCUAUUAAAACCUUACUAUACUGUCUCUUCAAGGCAAGUAAAUUGACUAUGAGAAAAGGAUAUGGUUGAUGGGAAAUUUUUCCUUGAUAACAUAGGACAAAUAAAUGAAAAAAAGAAUCUCAUUAUUUUGCUGAAAAAUGAACAAGUUAAUGAAUAAACAAGUUAGGUUUGGUAUGUUUUUGUCUUUUGUAUCAUGUUUGUUUAAUUUUGUUGAAAAACUGCAGUUGAAAUAGGUUAGCAAUAUAGGGACAUUCACAGCAGUCCUGUGGAUACCAUGUAAUUGUCAGAUAAUUUCAGAAUAUUAAAUUCUUCCAUGCAGCCCUCAUUAUAGUAUAAUACUUGAAGAAAUUAGUUGAUUAUGGUCCCACCAAAUUGUUGAAGGUAAUUUUUUUUAACCUUACUUUGAACUACUGGUUCAAAAGAUUAAUUUUUAAAAGUUACCUAAUAUAUUAAUUCAUGUGUUUGAUUUUUAAAUUCCCACCUCUUUAAGCUGUCCAGUUUUCUGAUUUUUCAAAAUAACCAUGGGAGAUGCCACAUUUCUCUCUAGGAAACUACCACACAAGCUGUAAUUGUUAAAAUUAAGCUUUUAGGUAUUAGAAGCUAUACAGUAUAAGGUAUAAAAUUAAGGUAUAAGCAGAUCACACGUAAAUCAUUCCUAAAGCACAAGAAAAGAAUGUGCCUUGAUGUACAUAUAUUGUUAAGAUGCUUAUUCCAGCUUUCUUUUAAAAAAUGGCUUUAAGGAUAAAGAAUAAAUGUGAUAGUUGUGCAUGCAUUAUUCUUGUAUAUAUAAUAUUUGCAUUUGCAAAUUUCUCCUUAUUUUAAUAGCUAUGUGGCUGACUUUCAGUUUUAAGAAGUGAAUUGACGACAUACAGCCCGUAACUUCAUAAUGGCUGCUUGUUUAUCUUUUGGUUAGUGCAGAAGUAUUUCAACUUGACUAAAAUUUGGAAUUGUGUCUUUUAUGUUCCAUUCUCACCAUUGUUAUUAGAUUUAGUUAAUUGUGUAAGACCUUAAUGUAUGUCAUAAACAUGUAAAUAAAAGAUGUUGAAUCUUGUUUAAAAAUGUAA